UUGACAGCCGCGGCAGAGAAUUUUAGUUGGAUAAAAAAAUGAGAAAAAUUAUAUAUUAACUUGGCACAAUUAAUUAAAAAACGACGCGUAUUCAUUUGUUUAUACUAAAAUAAUUGUGUUAUACUUGAAGAAAACAUAAUAUUCUUAGAAAUUAACAAAGAAAAUUAACGAAAACAAUGCAGUGAAAUGGAAAAAAUAACUACAAUAAGAAUUUUUUACUAGGGGUGUGGUUGAACGGAGCUCUACACAUAACACAGCAACACAAAUUAUUUUUACGGAUUAUACAAAAAAAAAAAAACAGAAAAAACGCAAAAAAUAUUAAAGAAAUAUACAUUUAUGGUUUAAGAAAACUAACAUUAAAACUAUAAAUUUGAUAUCUAACGCAACAACAAAUUAAGCAGAAAUAUGAAAAUUUUAUUUUAAACCAAAACGUGAAUAGAAUUAAUUAAAAUAAAACAAAUCGGGGCAAACUGGUAUGAAAAGAAAAAAAGAAGUUUUGUGUAUUUUUUGUAUAUGCAAAUUAGAAAAGAAGAAAAAAGGAACGUAAUUUAGUAUUUAUACAAAAAAAAUUGAGGUGAUAACAACAACAAAUAAAGUGGUUUUAACAAGAGAUGUGAAAGAAGAAUUAAAAAACAACAACAAACAAAAACAACAAGAGAGUUAAUACAAAUGAUAAUAAAUUUAAUUUUUUUUUAGAAAAGUUUUGAAAAAUUUACAAAUCUACAUAUAAUUUUACUUCUUUUUUAAAUCUUUGAAAGGAAGUACCAAAAUAUAGUGUGUGUGAUAAUUAUUUAAACAAAAAACAAAGAUUACAAAAAAGGGUUUAUUAUUUUUAAAUUUUGAUUUGUUUCAUUUUUACCCACAAGUUCGAUAAAAAAUAACAAAAACGCAGGCAAUGCAUUAACAUCAUCAAACAAACUUCCUUAUCUUCAUACUGGUCAUUAGUUUUUGGGUGAGCAAUGUCACGGCUUGCAGAUUACUUUGUUAUUGUGGGCUAUGAUAAUGAAAAAGAUCGUACAAUUACCGAUAACCAAUUGUUAACAUGUGGCAAGAUUAUACAACGUUUUCCCGAAAAAGACUGGUCGGAUACUCCCUUCAUAGAAGGCAUAGAAUGGUUCUGUCAACCUUUGGGCUGGAAUCUAUCGUACGAGAAACAAGAACCGAAAUUUUUUACCUCCGUUCUUACCGACAUCGAUGCCAAUAAACAUUAUUGUGCCUGCCUGAGUUUUCACGAAACUCUCGCCAUCACACUCAACAAGAAAAUCGUCGACGAAGAAGACGAAACCAUAUCCACCUCAACGAAAUAUCAAAACUCAUCACCACUCAACAACACCAUCAUCGGCUUACCGACGACAAACAAUGGUUGUGCAAAUACAUCAACAUCAUCCACAGUCUCCCCCAACACUUCGACAUCACUUAUAUCGCAUCAUAGUGUUAUGUAUGCUCCCAAAUGUUUAGUUCUAAUAUCACGUCUCGAUUAUGGCGAGACAUUCAAAAAUUGCCUCGGCACCAUCUAUACGGUGUAUAUAGAGAAUUUACCAUAUGCCUUGGAGACAUUAAUUGGUAAUAUAUUGGGUUGUAUACAGGUACCACCGGCCGGCGGGCCACAAGUACGAUUUUCGAUAGGAGCGGGCGAUAAGCAGUCGUUGCAGCCGCCGCAAUCGUCAUCGUUGCCGGGAACGGGCACAUCGGUGUAUUUUUUAUUUAAACAAUUGGGUAUUAAAAACGUAUUAAUUUUGCUGUGCGCCGUUAUGACUGAAAAUAAAAUACUCUUUCACUCGAAAAGCUAUUCCCACCUAACCGAGAGUUGUAAAGCACUCGUAGCUCUCAUGUAUCCCUUCCGUUAUACCCAUGUGUACAUUCCCAUUUUGCCGGCACCGCUAACGGAAGUGCUCUCAACGCCAACACCCUUCAUAAUGGGCAUUCACAGUUCUUUACAAACUGAAAUCACCGAUUUAUUAGAUGUCAUUGUUGUCGAUUUAGAUGGUGGUUUGGUAACGAUACCACCAACCCUAACGCCACCCGUACCCGUACUACCCUCACCGUUGUGGGAACAAACUCAGGAAUUACUGACAAUGAUACUAUUUCCAAAUCUAUCACAGUCGGAUUUAGCAUUUCCAUCACAGGAGAAACCUACCAAUUAUCCCAAAAGCGAAGCUGUAAUCGAUAAGGAAUUGAGAGCUAUAUUUAUGCGUCUGUUUGCUCAACUUUUACAAGGCUAUAGAUCGUGUUUGACUCUUAUACGGAUUCAUCCCAGACCAGUUAUAACGUUUCAUAAGGCGGGCUUUUUGGGGGCCAGAGAUUUGAUAGAAAGUGAGUUUUUAUAUCGUGUAUUGGACAGUAUGUUCUUUACGACAUUUGUUAAUGAGCGCGGACCACCCUGGCGGCCCUCCGAUGCUUGGGAUGAGCUCUAUAGUUCUAUGAAUGAACUACUGAAAUCUGAGGCCAACAAUAAAAGUCUCCUGCACAUACACAUCUCGGAAUUGGGUAAGGUAUUGUAUGAGAAUGAAAUACCCAAUCAACAAAUGUAUGCGCAAAAAGUAUUACGUCCCCCAGAGGGCUCCUCACAUCGCAUACACCAGCCCGCUUUUCCUCGUCUAAGUUCGGAUAAAGUUGAAUUGAUUAUCAAUGAUGGCAUUCGCAAGAAUUGCAUACAACCCCGGUUAACAUCAGCACGCAAUCAAAAUCGCACCAUACCCAUGGGACCUCGCUUGCCAGAAGUAUUAGAUGUUAGACCUAAUCUCUCGAAUUCAGCCAGACGUUUGGAAGUUUUGAAAACUUGUGUUUCCUAUAUAUUUGAAAAUAAAAUAGCCGAUGCCAGAAAACUGGUACCAGCUGUUACACGCACCCUUAAACAUCGUGAUGCUCGUCUGAUAUUUUGCCGUGAACUGUUUGGCUACGUGCAUGGCAACAAAGCCGUACUGGAUCACCAACAAUUCGAUUUGGUUAUUAAGUUUAUGAACAAAACCUUACAGAACUCCUCCGGCAUUGAUGAGUAUACAGUGGCGGCCGCUUUACUACCCAUGUCUACAAUAUUUUGUCGUAAACUUUCAACGGGCAUUAUACAAUUUGCCUACACUUGCAUACAGGAUCAUCCCAUAUGGAAGAAUUUACAAUUUUGGGAGUCCACCUUCUAUCAAGAUGUACAAACUCAUAUCAAAGCCUUGUAUAUGCAACAUAGACGCGCAAACGAGCACAAUAAGGAAUCGAAUUGUGUGUUGGAUGAUGUGCCGCUGGAAGAGCCAACAGCUUUAGAAAUAACGGCCGAGCAAUUGCGUAAAUCACCCACUAUCGAUGAAGCGAAGAAAAAUGAAUUGGCCCAGUCGGAAGAGUCGACUUUGUACAGUCAGGCCAUACACUAUUCGAAUAGAAUGGUUUCGCUGCUCAUACCACCGGAUGUCAAUGCUGUAGGUCAUCAGAAGCCCAAGCAAACAUUUCGUUUCGAUGAUAAUCAGAGUGUGUCAAAUAGCAUAAUGGGUUCCCACAGCUUAAGUGAACACUCCGAUGAGGGUUUCGAAGAGAACGAUGCCUCCGAAGUGGGUGUGGCCGUUGGCAAAAUUGUAUCACGUUUCAUAGACCGCGUAUGCACGGAAGGCGGCGUUACGUCCGAGCAUAUACGCAAUUUGCACGAUAUGGUGCCCGGUGUUGUACACAUGCAUAUUGAAUCUCUGGAAUCUGUUUAUUUAGAAGCUAAGCGACAUCCUCAUGUACAAAAACCAAAAAUACAAACACCUUGUUUGUUGCCGGGCGAAGAAAUCGUAACGGAACAUUUAAGAUGCUACCUAAUGCCGGACGGGCGUGAAGAUGACACACAAAGUUUAAUACCAGCCGAAGGAGCUCUAUUUCUUACCAACUACCGCAUAGUGUUUAAGGGAAAUCCCUGUGAUCCUUUGGCUUGUGAGCAAACCAUCAUUCGAGCAUUUCCUAUUUCGUCGCUGUUGAAGGAGAAGAAAAUAUCGGUGUUGUAUUUGGCCCAUUUAGACCAAACUAUGCCUGAGGGUCUACAACUGAGAUCAAGUACUUUUCAGUUGAUGAAAAUUGCUUUUGAUUUGGAGGUAACACCCGAAAUGAUUGAAUCCUUCCGUAAGAUAUUGUGUAAGGCCAGACAUCCCGUAGAUGAAUUUGAACAUUUUGCUUUUCAAUCGUAUGGCACAAUUAUACACGGAGCAGCACCGCUUAAGGCCAAGGAGAAGUACUCCACCUUGAAGGGUUUCGCCAAGAAAACUUUAAUGCGCACCGCCAAGAAGGCCGGUCUAAAGCAGAAAUUUACUCCCAAACGUAAACUACUAAAUCCGGGUAUGGAUUUUGAUACCAUGGUGGCCUCGGUGGAUGCAUUGGAAACACAUUCUCAAAACGAUGAAUUGGAAGAUGAUGAAUUCGAGUGCAAUAAUGAGACAUUACCACGCAUAGCCACCGCCAAGGAUGUAGAACGUAUGCGUGAGAGAAACUAUGUAAGGGAUUGGAAACGUUUGGGUUUUGAAGACACACAAAGCGGUUUUCGUAUAACCGCCGUAAAUUCCAACUACAGCAUGUGUAGAUCAUAUCCAGCCAUCUUUGUGGCUCCCUUACAGGUACACGAUGCAGCCUUAACUCAUCUGGGGCGUUGCUAUAAGAGCCAACGUAUACCGGUGCCCACUUGGCGUCAUCGCAAUGGAGCCAUGUUGAUAAGAGGUGCCUUGCCGCACAGCAAGUCUGUAGUCAUAGGCAUGCUGAAGAAUCCCACUGGCUCCAAUACCAUGUCCAAUGAUAUGGCCAAUUAUCAUGAACAGGAUAAAUAUUUCAUGUCUCUGAUAGACACCAUGCCCAAACCUAAUAUUUCCCUGGCUCAAUACAAUUUGUCGGGCAUAAAUUUAUCCAUGAAUUCUUUACUUUUGAAUACCUCGGCAGUGGAUGAUUUGCAUUACUUGAAUACCUCAUUGACACCGGAAGUAACACGCAAAAAUAAAGGACUUUCGGCCAGUCAUGAGGGUAAACAAAAAGCUGGCACUAUUAAAAAUUCCUCAGCUGUUUCGAACUCUAACGCCUCGGCUUAUCGCAAAAUACGUUUGUAUGUAUUGGGCGAAAAAUCUCAGACAAAAUCUAGCGUUAAUGCUGACAUGGGGGCGGAAUUUAUACCAGUCGACUAUCCCGAUAUAAGGCAUUCCCGUAUAGCAUUUAAGAAACUCAUGCGGGCCUGUCUGCCCUCCAACAAUACCAACGACACCGAUCAAACGUUUGCCAAGAAUAUCGAACAGUCCGAUUGGCUACAACAGAUUUCCUCUUUGCUGCAGUUAUCCGGAGCUGUUGUCGAUCUAAUCGAUUUACAGGAGGCCUCAGUCAUGCUGUCGCUGGAAGAUGGCUGGGACAUAACCGCACAAAUAUCAGCCAUUGCCCAGUUGUGUUUAGAUCCCUUUUACCGUACCAUUGAUGGUUUUCGGGUGCUGGUGGAAAAGGAAUGGAUUGCUUUUGGUCAUCGUUUUGCCCAUCGCAGCAACUUGAAGCCAUCACACAAUAGUUCAAAUAUCGCAUUUGCUCCCACAUUUCUACAGUUCAUGGAUGCCGUCUAUCAGAUACAAAAACAAUUUCCCAUGGCCUUUGAAUUCAAUGAGUUUUACAUACGUUUCUUGGCCUAUCAUACGGUAUCGUGUCGUUUUCGCACAUUCCUGUUCGAUUGUGAGGUGGAGAGGUUUGAUAUGGGCAUAACAUCGGUGGAGGAUAAGAGGAGUACAUUGUCCACGAAACAUUUGAUGGGCAAUAAUAAGGGUAACAAUGGCUCCGACGACGAAUCAAGUAUUUAUCCCGUCGAUAUGCGCAGCAAAACUUUGGUCAACUUCAAUCGCAUCGGUCACUCCAUAUUCGAUUAUAUCGAACGUCAACAUUCGAAAUCUCAAAUAUUUUACAAUUUCAUUUAUUGCCUGCAAGACGAUGUCCUACGACCCCAAAGUUGUGCGGCUGCCUUGGAUUUGUGGCCUUACUAUACCAACGAAGAACUGGCCCAGGGACCACCCUACGAUCUGGAGCUAACCAAUGCUGACGAUGAACUCGAUUUAUCCGAGUUGAAAGGCAAACGUGUUGUUAUAUCCGCCGGCUAUGAUAACGUAGAAAAAUCUGAUCCCAACACAUUCGUUUGUCUGCUCAGUGAAGUUAAACAGGCCGAAACCGAAAGAGGACACUUGCCGCAAAAAUGGCAACAAGUAUGGUGCGGUCUAGAGGUGCCACGUGUCGAACGGGUAGAACGCAAGUCUUCACUGAGCAGUAUUUUCUAUCAUGGCAAACUACAGCAUAAACGCUCUACUUUGGAAAUUAUCAUGAAGGGACGUUUGACGGGCUAUCAGGAUAAAUUUUUCCAUCCGCAUCGUUUCGAAAAGCAUCCAUACACUACACCCACCAAUUGCAAUCAUUGCACGAAACUUUUAUGGGGCCCAGUGGGUUAUCGCUGCAUGGAUUGUGGCAAUUCGUAUCACGAACGUUGCACCGAGCUGUCGCUGAAAAAUUGCACUAAAUACAAGGCUGUCGAGGGAGUGGUACCGCCAAAUGUGAAUAUAUCACAGGGUGAUACCUCAAGUAUUGCAUCUAGUGCUGCCACUACCGCACGAACCUCAUCCCAUCAUUUUUAUAAUCAAUUUAGCAGUAAUGUGGCAGAAAAUCGUACCCACGAAGGACAUCUUUAUAAACGUGGUGCCUUGCUGAAAAACUGGAAACAACGUUGGUUUGUUUUGGAUUCCAUAAAACAUCAAUUACGUUAUUAUGAUUCAGAGGACUCGACAUGCAAGGGAUUUAUAGAUUUAGCUGAAGUUCAAUCUGUUACGGCCGCACAACCAACACAAAUUGGCACAAAACGUGUUGAUGAAAAAGGAUUCUUUGAUUUAAAAACAUGUCGACGCACUUAUAAUUUAUAUGCCAUGGAUGCUAAUUUGGCCCAAGAGUGGAUCGAAAAGAUACAAGCUUGCUUACAGUAAACAUGCUUAAACAAAACGCUAUUGAGUUAUAGUUACGUUUCUUUUUUCGGACUAGUUAAUAAUUUGUAAAUGUAGCCAAGAAGAGGAGUGGAGCGACGAGUAUUUUCUAUCAAUCAAAUCAGAUUCGAUUUUGUUAUUGUUUUAAGUGAUUUACAAAACAAAUUUUGUUUAACAAAUAUUUUCUGUGUAUAUAAUUUAGAAAACAUAAAGGAAAAACAAAGCAUUUCAGUUGCAAUAUGCAAAAUAUGUAUUUAUAUUCAUAUUAAAUAGUUGGUUUUUUAUAUUAUUACUAUUAUUAUAAGUAUUGUUUUGUUAAUUGUUUUUUUUUUUUUGUAAUACAUAACUAAAAAUCUUCCACUUUAUAUAGAAUACACUUUUUGUAAUUGAUAUUAUUUAAUUUAAUAUUUAAAAAGAAAAAGAAACUAGUUAAGUACAGUGAAUUCCCUUUUAUCACUUCUAUCCCCGCUUGUUGAGUUUUUGUAGUAACCCUUUGAACUUUUUAAUUUAACACCUUUUAUUUAAGUGAAAAACCUAAUAAUUGAACGAACCUCCUGAUAUUGUUUUUUAAAGAAAAUAUACAAAAAAAAAGCAAACCUACAAAUUAAAUAAAAAUCUACCAUGUCUUUAAAUGUGAUUAAUCCUUAAAUAAAUGAAUAAAAAUUGUUUAACAUACCUAAUAAAUACAUAUAUAUAUAUAACUAAAUAUAUUUAUAAUUUAAAUGUAUCUAUCCUUUAUAUAGUAAAAAAUAUUUGUCAAACUUUAUCUUUUUUUCAAAAAAAAAAACUUUAUACUCGAUGUUAUGCCAAAGAAUCGGUUAAAGAAAUAUAAUAUAUACAUACACAUAUAUCAUUUAACGUUUUUAGUUUCCUUUUAAGUUGUAUUUUUUUUUUAAUAUUUUACUCUGAAUUUAGUAAAUUUUGAAAAAUAAAAACAGAAAUCAUUUCUAUUUAAUGCAAAUCAA